AGCUGAAUGUCAAAUUCCAAUCGUUUGGUAAAUCUUUGAGCUGGACAAAAGUAAAUAAUAGAAUAGCAAUAAUAUUACUGAUAUUACACGGAAUAAUAUAGUUUUUAUAUACAAUUAUAAAGGAAGGGAACGCAUCUAAAUAUUUAAUGUUGAAAUAAUUGCUAAGAAAAGUUGGAAACAUGCUGCAGUUCAUCAAAAAUAUUUUAUUAAGUCUUUACAUGCAAUACGAAUUGGUUACAUGCAUUUAUAUGUUUGAGCCUUGGGAGAAGAAACUAAUAAAUAGUUUCGUAAUUUUGACACUUGGAUUGGUCAUAUUCUCAAGUUUCGUCUAUUUGCCAUCAUAUUUUGAAACAUUCCUACAAUUUGUGUCUCCACUACCACAAAAGGAGGUCUCAACAUCAUACACACCCAUGUUGCAGACACAAAAAAUGAGUAUGAGUUAGAAGAAAAAGGGACAUGGCCGAAAUGAAAACGCACAAUAUGCUUUUGUUUGGAUGAAAUUCGCUGAUUUUGGGCCAACAUUUUAUUCACAACAUUAAUUAUUUACAUUUAAUUUACACGAACUACAUAUGAUCAGAUGUAACUAUAUAGUUUGAUUUAUGUGAAAAUCGACAGACUUUGUGGAACUCAAUGAAUUUCAAAAAUGUAUUGUAUAAUGUACAGUAAAGUGAUACUUAAUAAUGCGGUGCUUAAGAUGAAAUCUUUGUAAUAAAAAUGCGCAUUUAAUGUUAAAAUGAUUUCUCAUAAAUGAAA